AAUUAAAGUAGGCCUUACUCUACUACCCACAAUAAGACGGCUGGGGAGCGAGAUGCUGCCGGGACGAGAGAUGGCGGAAAAAGAGAAGGUCUCGUGAUAUGUGAGUUUUUAUCUUUCCCUCUAAAUGGAAAACGGUAACACAAACUUAAAGCAUUGAAAAGUGUAAGUUUUUGAGAAAUUACCAGUACUAAGCAACCUUUUUUUUUUUUCUUCUUCUGUUUUGAGUUCUUAUGUAGCUAGUGUAGACCUAGUAUUUAAAGUGGAGCUAACUCUAACAGUUACAGGUUUCUAGAGUUGUUGACAGGGUCUUAUCAAUAAAUGUUUAGAUAAUGGUAUAAUAAAUUAUUGUGCUUAUUAAAAGAGUUAUAACUGAAUUAUCAGAUCACGUAGAUCUGCUGUGUGUGAUAAGCUUGAGCAAAGUCUUUGUCUUCUGAGAUGCUGAGAAAACCUUGGAAAAUAUCUUCAGCUAAUGUUUAAAUUACUGAAAGCCAAUUAUGUCAGUCAUUCAAAACUGUGCUUUUAAAUUCUGGUCCUUUUUCAUUGAAGUUGAGGGCAACUUGAAUGAGAACUGCGCUGGGACUUUCAGGUUUUGAUGGUUUCCAUGUCUGUCGUGUAUAAUUCAUAUUUCUUUAAUGUCUUUUUUUUACAUUAGUGUGCAUGGUAUAAAAGUACACUGUGUAGUAUAAGCUUUGCUAAAUAAACACUUCUGUAUAUUUUUGUAUGGUGUUCUAACACGGUUGCAUUAGUACAUAUGGCGGUAAUUCACAAAAAGUGCCACUUACCAAUCAUGCUCUGUGGAGUGUUGUGAAUGUUACCUGUGCUUUUGUUGUACAAACACGCUAAUGAGUGUUGUGAUGAACAUUUGCCUUUAGUCUUUGCUCAGGUACAGAUGUGGAGCAGUUUGGUGCUUUUCCUUCUAACUUGUAAUACUUGGGAUUCUAAGCAGAAAAUAAAAUCGAUGAACAAAAACAUUGUGGUUAGAGCAUUACUUUCCAUAGUGGACUUUUUUUUUUUUUUUUUUUUUGCAUCUUAAACAGAAGACAGUAAAGAUCGUGUUUGAUGAAGCUUGUCUCAAUAUCUUAACUUGUGCAUCUUACGCUUUUACAUCUGCCUUGCUAUCUUGAAUGGGAAAUGUAAUAGAAUGGAAAAAUAUUUGUUGAAUAAUGUGAUCUAUAUACAACGUCGUGUAUAUGAAAUUUGUUCCGUAACUAAACUAAUUAGUUUUAAGUUUGCCUCUCAUUCUAGAACAAGGCUUUUGCUGUUUUGAGGAAACUUGCAUGAGACUGAAUAUGCAGUACAGUGAGCAUGGAAAGUAAUUCAAACAUACUUGAGUAUUACCGUGCCACAGUGACUAUGUCAUUAGUAUAGCAACUUUCUAAGUCUCUGAUAUACUGAAGGUGUGCUUCUAUGUAGGCAAUUUGAGAACAAUCCAGUGUUUAAGUUUGACCACAUUCAAAAAUGCAGGACACUGACAUCUAGCUUAGAAAGUGUUUGUUAAACUAGCUACUGUUCUUCAAGGAGGAAUCAAUUUAGUCCAGUUUAUGUAAGUGUACUAAUAGUGUAUUAAUAUAUUUGUAUACUACUUAUGUUUGACUUUGAAAGAACUGCAAGGUAUUGGCAAAAAAAAAAAAAAAAAAAACCAGCAGUAAGUCUAAACAGUCAUAGAUCAAAUAAUUUUUAGUGUAAAUGCUUUUAGCUUAGAAAGUAACAAUACAAGUUUAUAGACUUUUUUUUUUUUUUAAGACAACUUACAGAAAAUACAUUCUGAUUGAGUCUGUUGCUUAUCCACAUGCUUCAUCAGUCAGCCUAACUGUCUAAAUUCUGCUAGGGGAUACCAUAACAGUCCUACAGCAAUAACACUUGUUGCAAAUUUACAGAUGUCCUCAGCAUGUUUUACUAGUUAAAUAUACUGCAUAUCCCCCAUGGCUUUCUUUCUGAGUAAGUCAAAUGAAUGAAAGAAUUGAGAAAAAAAAACAAAGUAAUGGCUGGAAUAAAACUGCUGCUGUUCUGGCUUUUUGUUAUUUGUUUGUUUAAGUUAAAUAAGGAAUUGAAAUGUAAGCCCAAACAGUAAAUCAAGCUUUUUUUUUUCCCCUUCCCUUACUGUUGUUACCUCUAGAGGAAAAUACCUCUCCUCCUUGUUGAUUUAGCAAGUUUGUGACCACUCCUGAGAGGGAAAGGAGGAUUGUGAGGAGAGGUGAUCAUGUCACCAUUGGACAUUUGGAAAGGUUUCAGCAAACAGCACUGACCAAUCUGCUUUAUGGCUAUUCUGACUGACACCAAAUUGUAGCAGCCUGCUCAAACUUCACUCCAACAGUGAUGAGGGGUGUCUGCUAUUGCAGUGAUCAUGGCGUAAAGCAAAGAUGUCAAAACUAAGAUAAGAAGUCCAAGGGGGGAUAUUUUAAAAUUUAUAAAGAAGGCAAUGUAGUAGAAACUAUGUAGUAGAAACACUAGGUAAAUAGCUGGUAUCAAAAUGCUGAUUUACAAAAAAGGAAGUCAGCUCCACAAGAUGUUCAAACUGGUGAAAUGAUUAAGGAAUGAAAUAAUGUGGAUAGUCAAGUAUUAUAAACUAUUGUAGAGAAGAAACAGUUCUAAGAUAAAUAGGUCUAAAAUGAACUUGGUGGGAUUUCGGUUAGGAAAAACUGUUAUUUAGGCAACAGAACUGAAUCAUCCCUGUUUCUUUACCACUGCUGUGUGCUGACUGCCUGCCACCUGAAGCGUUACUGGGCUCUGACUAACGAAGAUGUGGCAUUGGACAUGCAUUUACCAAGGGGGGAGUGGAGGAAAGCAAAGCUGUGUGUGUACACCUGUGCUAUUUGAUGAUAAGUAAAUGAAAAGAGCUGAUCAGAGACCUGUUGACCUUAACAGUGAGUACCAUCAAAGAGUUCUAGCAGAAAACGUCUUGCUCAUGACUAAAUUUAGGUGGAAUUUCAAAUUUAGCUAUAUGUUUCUUGUCUUAAAAUAAACCACCACUUGACUUUAAAGGUGUUGAUAGUGUAUGUUACACAGGGCAUAAAUGUGCAUUACCCAAGUGAUUAUACAUUAAGUGUAAGAGGAAUCGAGACUGCAGAUUUUCAUGUUUUCUUAAGUUAAUACCACUUUGGUGAAAUGUUAUCAACUGAUGUUUCUGUAUAUCUCAGUUUUUGAAUGUAUUCAGGAAGCACCAGAAAUAAAAUUCUGAACCAAGUUUCUGGCUACAGAGACUGGAGUCUCAGCAAAAAGAAACCAAAGACUCACAGACAACAAUCGAAGUCAUGAUGAAGAUUAAGAAAUCUUCCUCAACAGAAGCAAGUUUUGUGGACAGAGAAUCAUUCCAGUUCCUAUCUAGGGGAGAGAAAGAAAACAGAAUCCCAAACAACUAUUUUAGGUUCUCUUGAUCAUAAGCAAUUAGAGGUGUUCUACCUUAAGAUGUCCCUGCCAGAUGAGAUGGUGGCUCUAAAUUGGCUGCUGAGUAACUGAACUAUGUGUGGAAAGAAAUCAGGAUGUUGUCAUGCAUUUUUUUAAAUCUGUUUGUUAAAACAUCCAAAAUUACUUUAUUAUCAUAGUAAAAUCCCGAACUGCUAUUUCCUGUUACAAUUAAAUUUUACAUCUGCUCUUCUCUCACUUAGAAAAAGAGUUAAUUCUCCUUGUGUCUGAUUAUGAUGUUUCUCUCUCUCUCUUUUUUUUUUUUAAUGGCAUAAAAAUUAGUUCUUCAGAAUUUGAGAGGUAGCUCAUUUUUAAGAUUCUUUAGAAUUGAUCUUAGGGGCAGGUGGACUGGGAAAUGAGAGUACUUUGUGUUUUAAGCCUGUAAUUUCUAUUUCAUAUCUUUCCUGAACUCAGCAGAAGACUAAGGGUAUUUAAUUUGAAACCCCUAAAUAUAGAUAAGACACAUCAUCAUUUGGGAACAAAAUCAAACAAACAAAACAAAACAAAAAAAAAACACAAUAAAAGCAGCGUAAAUAAGUGGGUUUAAAUAAUUGUAGCAGCAGCAUCUUUUACAUAAAGCUAAGAGGAAAUCAGAAGACUGCUGUGGGGUAUUAGUGCUGAGCUACGCACCAUGUGAAUAUCUAAUGAGAAGGAUGAAACCUGCCUAUAGAUGUUAUUUCACUGGGAAAUCCUCAUUUCAUAGAGAGGGGAUUGAGAUGCACAGGAUCAUGGCAUAACGGUUGUUAAAUAUGUAGACUUGAGUAGGCAAGAAAUAGUUCCCAAAACAGGUAUACCAACCAAAGUUUUUUUUCAAGUGGAGUGAUAUACUGUACUUCUUUACACUGAUUUUAGAAGAAAAUGUCAAAGUAAGGAUGCUCUGGUAUUGCAACAUUAUGCAAACUGAUGCUAUUUGUGUGCUUAUGCCAUUUUUCAGUUUUGGCUUGAAAUUUGGAACUAUGUAAGGUUAUGCAAAUGCAAAGAUAUUUCUCUUUAACAUGAUGAAGAGACGUGCUUACUUUUCAACAAGAAAUGACUGGUCAAAGUAUGUGUUUUGCAGGAGAAAUGAUGAAAAGAUAUGCUUUCAGUAAUUUGGUAACUGUUCUUACAGUCCUGAAACUCAGGUAGAAAAAUGACAUACAUCCCAUUUGCUAGCGAGAAGAUGAAAACUCAUGUUUUUGUCUAACAAAACUUAACUGGAAAUUAGUGACUACCUGAAAAAAUAGAAAAUAAGAAAGUUUCCUUACAUUGAGGCCUGUGUUUUCUUACAGGUGCCUCUCUUGCUACUGCUAUUCUGGCACUGAUGAGUCUAUGAACCAUUGAUGAGUCUAUUAUCAAGAAGUUCUGUUUUGACAAGAGUAACUGAUGGGUUCGAUGAAUUUUUUUUUAAAUAAUUAUUUUUCAGUGAUUAUUUUUUUAAAUUUCAACCUUUAGAAUAAGGUUUAGAAUAAUAUACAAGCUGAGCAGUAUGAAUUAUACUUGUAUAGGUUAUUGCAAUUAUGAAAUUAAUAUUACUGGGAAUUUUUUACCCCUAUGAAAUUAGGGGUAGGAAAAAGAUCUUAACAAAAUAUGUUAGUUUUAAAAUGUCUCUUUAGAGAUCCAUCUUAUUAUAUUAACCAAAAUAUCACUUAAAUAGGAGAGAGAAGUGUGGAAUGAAUGUAUAGGCAAAAAAACUGAGCAGUGUUGACACAGAGGAUGCUACAAAAUAAGGCCAAGGUAAAUUAGCAUAGUUUUUUUUGCAGUCUUUGUCUUAGCUUGUAGUAUCACUGGAGGAUAUUGACUGCCAAUAAAAUCAGGGUAGGAAAGCAACACUUUCAUUAAAAUGUUAUGAAUUUGGAAACAGACCUUGCUUUUCUCUCUCUCCAGCAUCAAGAAAAUGAUCCAUAUCUCAUCUUGCUUGAAAACCAUUCUACCAGCUGUAAUUAUUUGUCACCUUUCUGAAGAUAUCAUAAAUUACUUUUAAUUAAAACUGGUAUUUUGAUACAGCUCUGCUAUCUCUGCUGGAAAUUGUUUUAAACUUCUUCUAUGCUUAUCACCAAUUUUCUGCAAUACAGCUUUAGGAGGAGGAAUUUGCACCGCACUGUUCAAUAGCAACAGGUCUUAAGAGUAUUAAGGAUGAAAUUCUCAAGGGUCUUUAUGUCAUGGAUGGAAAUGGAAUCAUUACUGUAUUUUUGAACUCCUGCUAACGUCAUUGACACCCACCUACAGUCCACUAGAAAUAUAAGUGCAGAGAUCAGUUCAUUCACAGAUCACAAGGAGACUAACCAAGAAGGGGCAAGCCAGAACUAAAUUCACUGGUAAGCUUUAUUUUAAAAAGAGUUGAAAGGUAGAAUCUGAUUAUCUUUUUUCUUGAGUCAAAGUGUGAAACUGUUCUUUAGUAUCUUAUACUAGGCUGUAUUGUUAUUGCACUUAUUAAUAUAUGUAGUACAUUCUAAUUUCAUGCAGUUUUCAAAAUUGAGCUGUCUGGAUCUCAGGCCAUAGUUCUGCAUUAUCCUUGGAGCCCAUUUAACUAUUCAGCCAGUGAAAAUGGUUGUAAUGUAAUUACAAAUGUAAAUUUACAAAUCCAAAUAUCUUCUCUUAAGUGUCAAACUGGUCCCUUUCAGAAAGAAUCCAGUAUCUAGAAAUAGCUUUGGUAUGGGAAACACUUCUUUACUUCCUAGUACAUUAGUAUAGAACCUAAAAAGUUAAUGGCACACAGAUAUAAUCUGUAGCAAGCAGAUAUUCCUUGCCAUGGAUGAGUUAUUUCCAGAACUCCUCUGGAUUGCUUUAUUUCUUGGUGGUGACAGUUCUGUAGGACUUAAGCAUCCUGAUUCUUUGUCCUUCUUGCAGACAGUCCGUUCAUCUCUUCGACAUGUGGAAAGUGGUGCUCCUGGGACUGUAUACAAUUUUGGCUGUCAGAGGAUUGGCAAAAUGUGCUCCUUUCGAACCAGAUGAAAAAUGGAAACCUCUAGAUAACCCUAGAAACAGAGACUUGUUUUUCAGAACGCUCCAGGCAUACUUUUCAGGCCGGGGUCUUGAUCUCAGAAAGUUCCCAGCUACUUUCACUGUGAACAAUGAAGGACCAAGGCCAGUCAUGUUCUACUCAGAUCCCAUUGCUUCUGCGUUUGCAGAUUAUGAAGAAAGGAAAAAUUCUUUUCCAAAUGACUUCAAAGGCUAAAAGAUGCUGCUGAGCAAGGUAAAAGAGGAUGCUUUUAUAUGUAAGCCAGUGAAAUCCUUGGAUUUCAAGCGAUUCUCCAUUGCAUCUGAAACAUAAAAACAACUUGUUCUUCAGAUGAAAUUGUGUGACACCUUAACUCAUGCCUGAAGCUGUUUUGAAAUUGAUGAGGCUAAGAUGUAUGAGGUAUUUACUACUUCUGUAACAGAAUACAUUGUGCUUGUGCAGAUCUAUGUAGCCUGUGCUCUUAUUUUUAUUUUCAUGUGGAGAAUAAUGAUGAAAAUGUACAGAUAAUAGAGAAGGUGAGUUUUCUUUAGUAAUUGGUAUUAGUAAAAUUAUAAAUUGAGACUACUGGUUUUCUGUCAUGCAUGUAUCAAAAUGCAUUUAUACGUAAGAUGCUGCACUAACAAAGCAUAUGGUAUUUGUAUCUGUCUGUGCAUACCGUUUUCCUUACUUCUACCACUAAAAUUGAAGGUUGAAUAAAGUAAUGUGAACUCA